AUGUACCAACAUGAACCACCAACCGAGGAGUCACCCGAGGAGUAUAAAAUUAAACAUGCUCGUAUUUAUAUCUUACUCCUUAUCGGGCAAGUUUUGUUUCCCAACAAAAGCGCUUGGGCUUUUACACGCAUGCCUAUAAUAUCUCUGGUGGCUCCGCUUCAAUCUCCAUAUCCUUACGCAAGAAGGUGGUGCAUCAAGAAACUUGACUACCAAAACAACCCGCGCCACCAUCUACAAGGAUACCGAUUCGGGAUUGAUCACAUGCUUCAAGAUCAGUUUAUUUGGAGGUCGUAUCUUGGAUUAGCGCCCCAAAGGCACGAGGAUAGUUUGAUAUGGAGUUCAACUACGUAUAUAAUAUGCUUUCAUAUUGUAGAAAUGCAUCAAGCUGAUAGGGUCAAAAUACAAUUUGGCCAUUUACAAGGGAUACCUAAAGAAGCUCGAUGCUUGGCUGAACACCAUAAGAUGACAACAAUAAAAGCGCGCCAAAAAGCAUAUACCACAUUAUACUCUGAUGAACAAAACUAUUGGUUGCAUCGAGAAUUGUUUACGUUGGAUGGAGAUCAAUUACAAACAGAGGAGAAACCGUCAAAUGAGUACAUGCAAUGGUAUCACUCGCUUCCACAUAGAUAUGCAUCGUACGAACAAUUUCUCACUGACCCUCGUCAAAAUCAAUAUGCCCCUACUCAGGCAAGUGGCUCUCAACAAACUCUUCACUCACAACAUUCUCAACCUCCUCAACCCCAAUCCUUCCAACAACAAACUCCUCACUUUUUUCAACAUCAAACACCCAUCCCUCAUUAUCCUGAACAACAAACUUCUAACCCUCAUUUUUCUCAACUACAAACUCCUGCCCCUUAUUUUUACCAAAAUCAAACCUUUAACACCCAAUACCCGCAAUCUCACUCCCAACCAAAUUAUAUUUAUGAAUCCCAACAACCACAAUUUUAUAAUAGGCCAACUACACAAUUUUAUAAUAGGCCAACUACACAAUUCACACCCAUCAUGCGGCCAAACUUCGAUUCCUCCUCCUCCCAACAUAACUCGCCUUAUUUUUCAACCAUGUGUCCGCCACAACAGCCGCAAUAUAAUUUUGGCGAGGAUCUUAACGUCAGUGAUUAUGAUUUACUGCAAAGUAUUUGGUCUCCUCCACAAGCUACCGCUCAUAGUCAAGAAAAUCCUCCAACAUCAGAUGCAACACAACAAAAUCCUCCAACAACAGAGAUCAAACAACAAUAUGGUUUUGGUCAUCGUGCUCCGCGACCGCGUUAUUGUUUUACCGGUACUCGUUUCGGACCGGGUCAUCAGCAUUAA